UGAGCGCCCCGGCGGGCAGCUGGGAGUGGGCCCGGCUCUCAGCCAUUGGUCGCGCGGCCCCUGAGGGCGGAGGGACGCUGUAGAGCCCUGGCACAGUCAGCCGGGUGCCCACUCCCACUGCGCCCGCCGCCCGUGCGCUCUGAUCGCACACCGCGUCCCUCGCGGUGCAUUCCCUGGGACCGCUGUGCAGGCGCGCAUCGCCAAGGCAGGGCCGCCGCCCCACCCCAACGCCAGAGUCCAGAUCCGCAUGGUCAUCUGUUCCUUUCUGGGGAGUCGCUACGCGCACCUUGACGGCUGGCAUUGCUCUGUGCUGUAUUCCCUUGAGUCGUCUCUCUUGUCUUCGGGUGGCUGCAAAUCCGGAUAAGUUUUUCCCAGCGCUAAACACUUGGGUUCCCGGGCGGAGCUUUCUUCUGGCCUACAGCUGCCCCCUUCUGAGGAGUCUGCAUAGACUUAGGGGGGACUUGACCAGCGACUGUGGAAGCAUUAAUUUCCCAAGCUCUCCCUGUUCCCUUAGAGCAGUCGAGGGGACACACAGAGGCUUCUGAAGCUGAAGGAUAUCUGGCAUUGGUAUGUAAAGAAUUUAAAAGUCUCUGUGGACAACUGAUCCCUGAUGCUGCCUUUGUUUAAAGACCAAGACAUUUUGUUGUGCUGCUAUUCCAGCCUGUGAUUUCUGCUGCUGUCGUCAUGAAAAAGCAAAGCCAAUUUCAGCAGUCUUAAGCCCAGUGUGAAACUUUUGUGUGCAUCUACUCACACCACGCCACACCUGCCAUUUGUAGAGAUGUCUGGGGCUGGCCCUUCCUCUGGAUUUGCAGGAAGUGUGGACAAUGGAACUUUUCUGGAGCUGUUCCCCACGUCGCUAUCCACAUCGGUAGACCCGUCCUCGGGCCACCUCUCCAAUGUCUACAUCUAUGUGUCCAUAUUCCUCAGCCUCCUGGCCUUCCUGCUUCUGCUGUUAAUCAUUGCUCUCCAGAGGCUGAAAAAUAUCAUCUCCUCCAGUUCCUCCUACCCGGAGUACCCAAGUGAUGCUGGGAGCUCGUUCACCAAUUUGGAAGUCUGUAGUAUCUCCUCUCAGAGGUCUACUUUUUCAAACCUCUCAUCGUGAAGAAAAUGGAAGGAUAGGCUGAGUGAGCACAGUUUUGGUUUCUCCAUGCAGAAGGAACUGCUUCCUGACAGAAAUGACUGUUCGGGUUGACCUGUGUUCCGCUUUCAUUUUUUAUUUCUUUUCUGCUCAGGAUGUGUUCCGUUUAUGAGAGGAGGAGCCAGCGCUGACAGAAACGUAGGUAAAGGUUGAAGUGUGGGAUUCUGCCCGAAGUUCUUGGCCAACAUGGAGGCUGGUCAGCUCUGUGCUGGACGCCACGGACUCAGCUGAGGACUUCUGGGGAUGCUAGUUAGAAGCUCUUCUACACUGCCUCUUCCAAAGCCCUAGGACUAACUGAGCCAGCAGAAAUAUAAACAAAAAAGGGGAGACUAUUCAGAAGAUAUUUUCUGUAUUUAAAAGAUAAAGCAGAGACGGUAUAUGAGAGAGAGAGGGAGGGGAAGAGAGAGAAAGAACUUAGAUUUAACAUAUAAAGUUUCCAAAUGGAGGUUAAAAUAGGCUAAAUGUUUUUCUUGAGUUUCACCUUAGCAAAUGUCACAGAUGAUGAGAAGAAGUCAUUUGGGAACGCUCUGGGGGAGCUGGAAGCUUCAACAGCACAGGGAAAGUGUGUCGUGUUGCGGUUUGCACUGCUUUUCUGCUCCUGGGUUUUCUCUUGGCUUCUUUUGCAGCUAUCACGCUCUCCGGCUAUGGAAUCCUUUGUGACAGUUGCUGUUGCCAUUACUAAAUGAAGCACGGAAGAGGUGCCGUUCAUUUUUAGUUCCUCACUAUCGUUUCCAUCCAGUAGGAAUUAAACGUAGAGAAAUAUUUGUUCGGUUGUAUUUUAUAGAGUAAUACUCUUAGAGACUGUGUGAUCCUUCACUGCAUCUGUCUUUAAAGCUUUACUGCAGAACAACAUUGUCUCUAGGGAGGCAGGUGUUGGCUCACCCUAGUUUGUAAAUCUUGGGGACUAUAUUGCUGAUAUUUGUGUCACACUCCAUGAACGUGAUGUGUCUCUGAUAACUUGUUUAUGUUGACAAAAUGCUCUGCACUGGGUUUCUAUGGGUGAGAGUUUAUGCUAAAAGCUGCAGACAUUGCAGUUGGGUCGCUGCAGAUACUUCUGGGCUGCUGGAAGCUACUAUACUGAAGCCAACCACGGGUGUCCCUGAGAUGAGGCACAGCUGUGAGCACAAGCAUGGCGUGUGCAGGGAAUCGAGCAAAGCCAAUUAUAGCUUCUUAUGGAUAAGAAUUUAAACUCAAUUUUUAAAAUAAAUGGUUCACAGGCUGAACACUGAGCUGGGUAAACCCUGGGUGCCAAUAUACUAGUCUUUCUUGGGCAAACCAGUUAUCCUCUGUUCAAAAAUUUAAUAAUCUUAAACACUGUAACUUUAACGCAUCCCUUGGAUGAACUGUACAGUCAGAACUCCCCAGGGACAGGAAUGGGAGAAAGAGUUCAAUAUUUUAUGGGCCCUGCCUGACAGCUGGGGCAUGUGGAGGUCUGGAAACUGGAAAGGAAGAUCAAAAGCUGCUUCCUUCUUUUUACCCCACAAUCAAAUCAGGACAUACUUAGCUACUUACAUAUCAAAACCAUCCACAGACACCACUGGACCAGGACAGAUGCUGCCCUAAAAUGCUGUCACUGGAAGUGUGACUCAAUGCACAGUAGAGUCUUGGAGAAGUUCUGCAUUUGGGUGGUUAUUGCCAUUCUCUGAGUUUCUGUGGGCACAUGUACACAUGUAACUGUAUAGACACAGUGUGUACACACAAAUACAUGUGUGUCUGCACAUAUUUCCAGGGGAAAGUUGUGUGACAGCUAUCAGGGUUACGGAAGCAUCUGUAAUGUCACUGCUACUCUUGAUUAUUCUUGUGCUAUUUUGGUUCUGAGGUUAUUGGGUAAAGAGAUCUUAAUAAAUAAAAAGACAGACAUCUCAUACGACAGA